AUGCACUCCAACGCCACACGGGGGUUCUUGUGGUCGGACGUGGAGACCAGGACCUUGCUGGACAUCUGGGGCGAGCAGGACAUCCAGACAGCCCUGGACGGGAGCUUUCGCAACAGUUUCGUUUAUCGUGAUGUAGCACGUAGACUGGCAGCUUUGGGGUUUGACAGGACCCCAGAGCAAUGCAGGAGGAUCUUGAGUAACCGUCCAAUCUCAGAGCCAGCUGAGAUGUUGGACUGUGGGCCUGGUGAUGAGGAAGUCUUGGAUGGGCUUGAUGAAGAGGGACACGAUCCUCAAGAGACAUAUUCUGAAAAUACUGAGGGUUUUAAAUGUCCUCACACUCAAGUCAAGCUGGAGUAUGGCAGUAUUCCAAGCCCUGUUCCUGUCAAAGUAAUAGUGAAUACAAAUGGUACCCCUGUAAAACCCCAGUUGAACAGCCUUAGCAGAAACACCUUACCUGCUCAAACAACCAAGCGCCCCAGGAGACGCCGCACUAACUUUCCCAUGGAGAAACUAAUGGAACAAUUCCUGGAGCAGAGUGCCCAGGCCGAGCACAACUUCUAUCGAGUUGAAGAGAAGCGGUUAAAAGCAGAAGACUCCAGAAGAGAGACUGAGCACAGCAGAGAGAUGCACAUGCUGCAGAUGUUGGGACAGAUGUUAACCAACAUCUCCUCCACCAGGCCUUCUGAGGCCCACAGCACCCCGCUUGCAGAGAGUCAGCCCGCUCAUGUCCGUCACUCACCAACACAAGAGGCUUUCAAUCUACACAGUCCUGUGUUUAAUCAAGAUUUUCAACAUUUAGGAGUGCUUGAGCGUUACUGCAGCUUUAGCUCCAAAUCACAGCAAAGCAUGGAUGAUGGCAUCCUAGCUCUGGUGAAGAGAACAGUCCCCCCACUAUCAUCUAAGAAGCACAAAGGACAAGAUGGACGGAUCGGAAUCAUCGGAGGAUGCCAGGAGUACACUGGUGCACCUUAUUUUGCCGCAAUUUCGGCACUGAAAGUGGGGGCUGAUUUGGCUCAUGUUUUCUGCACAAAAGAUGCAGCACCUGUCAUUAAAUCAUACAGUCCUGAAUUGAUUGUGCAUCCUGUUUUAGACCGCGCUAAUGCUUUGGAAGAAAUCAAAAAAUGGCUUCCAAGGUUACACAGUGUAGUGGUGGGACCAGGGCUUGGGAGAGAUGAUCACAUACUUCAAACUGCUAAAGAAAUAAUAAAUGAAUCAAAAGCUAGAGACAUCCCUGUUGUCAUAGAUGCAGAUGGAUUAUGGCUUGUUACACAGCAGCCAUCUGUAAUUCAAGGAUACCACAAGAGCAUCCUCACCCCAAACAUGAUGGAGUUCACUAGACUGUAUGAUGCAGUGCUCCAUGAACCUGUGAACACCAGCGACCUCAAAGUCAGCGUUGCACACCUGAGCGUUGCCAUGGGGAAUGCCACUGUAGUGUUAAAGGGAGAACAUGAUCUGAUUGCACAGGGGAGCAAUGUGGUGUCCUGCAAAACUGAAGGCAGUGGCCGUCGUUGCGGUGGACAAGGCGAUCUGCUGUCAGGAUCUCUGGGAGUAUUUGCACAUUGGGCUGAUAGUGUUUCCAAAGUAGAAAUACUUCAAGGCGUGAAUCCCUCAGUGGUUGCAGCAUAUGGUGCGUGUUCUCUUACCCGGCAGUGCAACAAUCAAGCCUUUCAGAGGAAUGGCAGAUCCACCACUACAUCAGACAUGAUCCAGGAGAUUGGCUUAGCUUUCAGGAACUACGAGAAUAACAAGAGUGACGUUCACACAAGAGUGGGCAUGUUAAACCCAACCAAUGGCGAACCAGGCCAUGUUGUCAAAUACCUGGAGGAAUACCUGGACCUGGUGGAGUCCCUGCCUUGUGAUUUGCAAAGAAGUGUGUCCAUCAUGAAAGAAAUUGAUGCCAAGUAUCAAGAUGUUCUGUUGGAACUUGACGAGUCUUUUGAGAAAUAUUGCCAAGAAACGGACUCUGUUCAAAGGCGAAAACUUCAGGUAUCGAUUCAACGAGCCUUGAUCAGGAGUCAGGAGCUUGGAGAUGAAAAGAUCCAAAUCGCAGGCCAAAUGGUGGAAUUAGUGGAGAACAGAACGCGUCAGAUGGAUUGGCAUUCUGAAGCUCUUCUGUCCUCUCAAGAAGUUUCGGAAAGUCACGUGACAACAGCCACUUCACUGACAACCACUGCGGCCUCUUUGUCUUCAUCGACCCCUUCAGCCAUUACACCUGGCAAAACUGGUCACCACGAGAAAAAACGUGAAGAGGUAACCCCAAGCUCUGCCAGUGUGGAGAAGGCUGGAGGUAAACGCUCUAGACGGCAGAAGAAUGGAGAUGGUCGUGAAAGUUAUGGGGCUUUGGAUCAUUCUGAAGAUUUGGGAUUGGGUGCGUCACGAGAAAAACGAGCAAAAGCUUCGUCUAAAAAGAAGAAGAGGUCUAAAGGAAAGUCUGAGCGUGAAGUUUCUCCCCCGGAUUUGCCAAUUGAUCCUGAUGAGCCCACAUACUGUCUGUGUGAACAAGUGUCCUAUGGUGAGAUGAUAGGCUGCGAUAACGAUGAGUGUCCUAUUGAGUGGUUCCACUUCUCCUGUGUGGGGCUCCAUCAUAAGCCCAAAGGAAAGUGGUACUGCCCCAAGUGUCGUGGAGACAAUGAGAAGACUAUGGACAAAGCCUUAGAAAGGGCUAAAAAGGAGAGAGCGUACAAUAGGUAG